AUGCAUAUCGAGGAUCUGAGUGUUUUGACAUCGGAUUGGACGAAGACGAUACGCUUCGUAAAAGCUGCACGUGCUGGAAUACAAUUACUAGAGAUUAAUCAAGCGCUUAAUGGAGAAGUCUUGGCAUUGCGAGAGCAUGUGGCGGUACUAGAGAGUGAACAGCCAAAGCUCCGAUCUCAAUUAAGAGCUUGUGAGCAGGAACUGGUAAGCGUGACGGAAAAUCGCAAGAAUUUACUAUUGGAGACCAACACUCUUCACAAUAAGCUCAUGGCCAAGUCAGCACUGGUGACGGAUUUACUGGAGAAACAAGACCUUUUGAACCAGCAAGUGCAGGAGGCCGAAGCUGCCAAGACGUCGGCGGAGAAUCAAGUUGCAGUAUUGCAGGAAGAGAUAAGACGACAAAGAGUAGAAGCUGCAAAGAUGAGGACUACAGAGCAAGAUUGUGCUGUUGUAAACCCAGCAGCUACGUACGACUCGAAUCAAGCGAGCGUUUUUACGCUCGCGGACUUUGAAAAGCUACAGCACCGUCUCUUGACCAUAUCGUCAGAGAACGAAGCACAUGUGCUGGAAGUCAAAAGCUUACGAAAAGAGGUUGACGCGCUGCGUCUCAAAGUAGCGAAGCUGCCAGAGUGCGUGACCUACAUUGAUCAACUCGAGAAACGAAACGAAAAGUUGCAAAACACUAAUGCGGCUUUAUGCGAAGAGCGGAUGGAAGAGCAAGCUGUGUUGGACAGUCUACGUUCGAUAAAUCUGGUAUACAAAAAGAUCGCCGAGUCGUGUCCUAUUGUGGCGAAUUGCACGUGUUCGCAGCAGUCAGAGGAGUCUGAUUUGCAUGCGUCGGGUAUGACAGUGCAUGACGUACUCGUAGAGGCUAACAUGAAGCUUGAGUUCGAGUUGCGCGAACUUCGAGCGGCCAUGGACUUGCCGCGUCUACUAUCGAAGAACGCGGAAGAAGAGGUGCUGGGACAGGCGCUAAAACAAUUGAGUAGUGACAGUAGGAAUGGCUGUGCAAAACUGAAUUCGUUUGGCAAGAGUGGGGAGUUAAUAGAGACAGCGAACGAACGACUGAGUCGCAAGUUGCAGAUCAUCAGAGAAAAGUAUGCUCUGUCGAAGGAAAUGCUACACCAUACAAAGGUACAGUGGUGUGCUGCAGUCGCCUCACAGAAGGCGUUGGAGGUAUGCAACGAGUCUGCUCAGGAAAAAAUUCGUCAUUUGACCCAGCAAUUGGACAAAUGUGUUGCAGCUCUUAGUAACAAGGAUGCGAAUGGUAAAGUGAAACAUAUGAGGACCAUUGUGGAUGGCGGUGAGAGUAGUGAUUGGAUGGAGGAAACGGCACCAUACCCUGCACCACCCGGUGAUUUAAAUUCACCGCUGAUCCGGUGUUUGCUGGAUCAUUGGAGCACUGACAAGUCUAAGAUCAUGUCACUCACAGACUGGCUGCACAAUUCAAUCCGUGGCACGGGUCGAGCCAAGCCUUUGCGACUAGCAAACUUGACGAGCGAGAUUGCAGCAGGUUUUACGCAGCUCUUGAUCCCCGUCAUGCGAGAACGACACGGCGUUUCCGUGAGCAUCUACCGCCGUGAUAGCGUGCACGUCUUGUCGGACUUGGUGCUUCAGACAAACCAUCCCAGCGUGACGUCGGAAUCUUACUCUACAGCUGCAUUCAAGGACAAUGUUAUGCCGACGCAUUUUGAGGACCUGGAAGAAAGAAGUGAGUCCGAGCUGGACUCUGCUUCAUGCCGUACUCGAGGUAGCUCUAGCGACAGCAUUAUGCUGAAGGACGAGGCGCAGUUUUUGUACGGAUGA